AUGCCUACCUACCUACCUACCUUCAAUGCUUACCUACCUAUCUACCUGCCUUCCUUCCUUCAAUACCUUUUUACCUACCAACCUACCUUUCUUCCUUCCAUACUUCCUUCCUUCAUUACCAACCUACCUACCUUCUUCCUUCUUUCAAUGCCUACCUACCUGCCUUCCAUACGUCCUUCCUUUAAUACCCACCUACCUACUUACCUUUCUUCCUUCCCUCCUUCCUUCCUUCAAUACCUACUUACCUUCCUUCCUUCAAUACCUACCUACCUAACUUCCGUUAAUACCUACCUACCUACCUACCUACCUACCUACCUACCUUCGGUACCUACCUACUUACUUACGUUCUUUUGUUCCUUCAAUACCUACCUACCUUCCUCCCUUCUUUCAUUUAUUCCUUUCUUCCUUCCUUCAAUACCUAACUCUCUUCAAUAUCUUCAAUACUUUCCUUCCUAUCUACUUUCCUUCCAUACAUUCCUUCGCUCCCCCUUCAAUACUUACCUGCCUUUCAAUACCUUCCUUCCUUCAAUAGUACCUUCCUUCCUUCCUGUUUUACGCACUUUCCUCUUCUUUUCUCUUUCUCAUUAUCAUUCGGACCCACAGAAUUAUUCCUAUGCAUGUUUUUCUAUAAUUUUUCUCUCUCUCUCUCCCUCUCUCUUUCGUAAAAAGUACUCGCUUAAUAACACUUUCUCUCUCUUCCCUCUCUUUCUUAUACCCACCAAUUUCCACGCACAUUUUUCUUUCUCUUCCCUACAAGAUCACCUUCGACAUCAUGUAUUUCUCACUCUCUCAUACGAAAUUCUCUCUUGCGACGUUCCUUUUAACGCCCUCCUAAUGACACUCCCAUAA